GAGAGUGCGCAGGCCGGAAAGCUUGCAGGUGGGGAAGAUGGCGGACAGCAGCGGUCGUGUGGGCAAGAGCGGCGGGAGCGGCGCGGGGAAGGGGGCGGUGUCGGCGGAACAGGUAAUUGCUGGCUUUAAUCGCCUUCGGCAGGAACAGAGGGGCUUGGCUUCCAAAGCAGCUGAGCUGGAGAUGGAAUUGAAUGAGCACAGCCUGGUGAUCGAUACACUGAAGGAAGUGGAUGAGACCCGCAAGUGCUACCGCAUGGUUGGAGGUGUGCUGGUGGAGCGGACUGUCAAAGAAGUGCUGCCUGCCUUGGAGGGCAACAAGGAGCAGCACAGUCCGGGGCAGAGGAGGGAGACCUGCACUCCUUCUCCAUCCUCUCUUUUGCCUCUUAGAUACAGAAGAUCAUUGAGACACUGUCACAGCAGCUUCAGGCAAAGGGCAAAGAACUGAACGAAUUCCGGGAAAAGCACAACAUUCGUCUCAUGGGGGAAGAUGAGAAGCCAGCAGCCAAGGAAAACUCAGAAGGGGCUGGGGCUAAGGCCAGCUCAGCAGGGGUGUUGGUCUCUUAGGAGCUAAGGCCUCUGCGGGUUUUUUUUUUUUUACCCUGAUUCCCACUUGUAAUUUCUUUUUAUUGUCGUUAUUAUUAUUUCUCUGCUAUUGUAAUAUUUUGUUUUUGUUGUUGUUGUUGAUUAAAUGUUUUGGUCAAAUACUUAGCUAUAGCCUGAACCUUUAUCUCAUUUAGGGCUACACCGACCUCAUAGAGCUGGGUGUGGUGCCACACAUGCCUUUAAUAAUCUUAGUGCUUGGGUGACAACAAGAGGCAGAUCUCGGAGUUCCAGGCCAGCCUGGUCUACAAAUCGAGUUCCCAGUAAUCCAAGGCUAUAUAUAGACACAGUGAGACCCUGUCUCAAACAAAACAAAAAAAUAUGAUUUGCAUUGUUUCUACCAGGUUAAUGGCUCACUAUCAGAAAGGAACCUCAGUUCGGUCUUUCCUUUGCAAAUAAAGUAAUCUGUUUAUUUGAUGCUCUUCUAAAACGGAUUCAGAGGGCUGGAGAGAUGGCUCAGAUGGCUCAACAGUGAAGAGCUCUGUCUGCUCUUCCAGGGGGCAUCUGUUUUAUUAUCCCCAACAACCACAUGGUGGCUCACAACCAUCUAUAAUGGGGUCUGAUGCCCUCUUCUGGCACAAAGGUGUACAUGCAAAUAGGGCACUUAUAUAAGUAAAAUGUAUAAAUCUUCUAAAGGAUUCAGAGACAAAACUCUCGGAUUGAAAUUUAAUAAGUAUUUGAAGUAGGGCAAUAGCUCUGAUGAGAUCGCUUUGUAGGUUUGCCACAACACAGAGUGCCUCCCUGCUGUUCUUUAGAUGAAGAAUUCCAGGAUGCAAACCUGUGGGCUAGCUGUCCUGCCGUCCUCACCAAAACCCCCAACCAAAUAAAGCUGGUCAUUCCAAAGGCAAGUCCGAUGGCCCACGCGCUUCAGUCCACGGUCUGUACUGGGGAAGUGGAACCACAGAGGCGGAGACUUGCCUGUGGGUUGAGAGCAGAAGGUGGUUACUGUGGCAUUCUGCUCCGGCCUUACCCAGUACGCAUGCCUGUCAUCGUUCCCGUUUGAUUUGUCAGCCUUUUCAGAUGUUCAGUAUUUAUAUUGUCUAUUGUAUUUUGUUUUUGAAACAGGGUCUCACUCUGUCACCCUGGCUAGUUUCACACUCUAGAUCAAGUUGGCUGGCCUCAAAAACUACCAGAGAUCUGCCUGCCUCUGCCUCUGCCUCCCAAGUGCUGGAAUUAAAAGUGUGAAUCACUA